AUGGCACCGUCAGGAUUCGACACCCUCCUCCUCCGUAACAUCAACUUCCCAUUCCCAAUUAGUUUCGGUCCGGAUGCGUGGGGCCGAUUUGGUAAACCACAGCCGGCAACACUAUCGCUUCGCCUUUCAUAUCCUCGUCCUCUCAUCGAGCAGUGCGGCGGCAGCGACGAUGUUUCCUUAACGCUCAGUUACGGCGAACUAUACCGCAAGCUUGAACAAGUCUUAAGGGAUGCCACAAUAGGUGAAGAUGGGCGUAUCUCGAGUAUCGGUUUGGAAGAGUUGGCUUCUACUAUCUGUUCUACUGCUCUUGGGCUGGUAUGGGAAACGAUACCAGAGGGUCCUGUAGGGGCGGGAUGGGAUAUGGCGGGCGCCGAAAGCGAUAUCUCAAUACAGCUUCCUAAGGCCAUUCUGAGAGCUGAUAACGGCCUGACAUAUCGCGUUGUCAAUUGCGCCGUCAAAUCGACUGGCAGUCCGGCUAUCAACCAAGCCGCACAACCAGGUAUUGCUACGAUCCUACGCACAUGCCGUAUUGAUGCCAUACACUGCGACUGUAUUAUCGGAGUGAACCCCCAUGAAAGGGAAACCAAACAGGCGGUUGUGGUUUCCCUGGAGUUUCUAAAUGUGAACGCAAAUUUACACCCGCAGGUCAACAUUUUGCAGCCUUUACAGGAGGUAGCACGACGUAUUACUGAUGCGAUUGAAAACUCCAGCUUCAGAACAGUCGAAGCCAUGGCUCAACAGGUCGCGAGCACAACCAUACAAGGCAUUGAUUUUGAUGAAGUGACUUCUUCCGCUUUUCAUUUUCUCUGCUGGCACCAGCUGCACUUCUGCCUUCGCCUGCCUACCUGCCUUGGAGUCUUCCACCAGUAUCUGCGCUCACAGUUUCUCCAGGACCGCGCUAAGCCCAACUCCAGACAACGUGGUGUGGCUACCGGUGAAUGGUCCGUCCUGAACAAGGGCGGACGGUGUGCUUACUUUGCGAAGUUGAUACUAGGAUUAAGAGAGCUCCGUCCGCCUUGGAACCGCUCUCCCCCUCCAAACGUAUCUUUGGUGAAUGAAUGUGACAAAGAGCUCUACGGAAUCGAAAUCUACAACUAUCUAGACAAUCGUUCAUCCCACUUGGUAGGGAUGUUUGCGCCUAGCCCGUUGCGUCGCCCUCCGUUGGAUUGUGAACUGAAUAUUCUCUCGACUGAUCAAGAUGGCUCCAUUUCGAGAUCAGCCAAAUCAUGGCUAGAACAGGAAGAAUUCACCGUGUCAGAUGUUUUUGCUCCGCAAACCGACAAAGACUCCGACCAUGUUUCAGAGGAGGCACAUGCCGGCAACAGGGUAGCAGAGGCUGAGGCAAUCCAUGGUGAAUCACCUACGGGUUUUCGUUUAUAUGGGCCUGAAAUCAGCCCCACCAGAAACACGACUUGUGUCCAGUCAACUGGCACUGGACAUUUGAUGGUAGAUAAUUUAGGUUCUUGUGGGAAGAAUAGACGAAAGAAGAAGUUGCGACGGCCUGCAGAAGUUCAUGCUGCCGCCACCACCGUCCGUGGAUUUGUUGCCAACGCAUCUACGGAGGAUGAGUCAGAUUAUUCCAACCCUGGUUCUAAGACUCUUUCCCCAUGGCUCCCUCCACGCGUCAGUUGUGGGAAUAGUCCUGGUCUUCGACCAUCCUCCUCAAGUGGAGGAAUCAGCACGUUGAAACUCCAGCUGGAUACCCUUAGUUUGUCGAACAGCCGUCCGGCAUCUCGCAACACGAGCCAAUUCGGUUCUCAGACCCCAAGCUGUGCCAGUGUCUCCUCAGACAGCGACCAGACUACCAGCUAUGAGGUCCCUUUAGAAAAUGACUUCGUGAGUCCUGACGCUGAUGGUGCUGGUAGUGAUGCCAUGUCAUUUGGCAAUGAGGAGUGGGUGAAGAACACCUUAUGUCGGAAGAUGGCAGCUACAGAUUUCGAACAGUUGUCCUGUCUUGGGAAAGGAACCUAUGGUACAGUUUUAUUGGUCAGGCAUACCAUGACGGGCGUCCUCUAUGCGCAGAAGCAAUUCCGCAAGGCCUCUCUCACCGUGCAUAGGAAGCUGGUAGAGCAAACCAAAACUGAACGAGCGAUCUUGGAAUCUGUCAACCGCCACCCAUUUGUCGUCAAGCUGUAUUAUGCUUUCCAGGAUCAUGAGAAACUUUAUCUGAUUUUGGAAUAUGCGCAGGGUGGUGAGCUUUUCACACAUUUGGCUAUGGAACGUAUGUUCUCCGAAGAAGUGGCUUCAUUCUAUAUGGCUGAGCUAGUGCUGGCUCUGGAGCAUCUCCACAACAACGUCGGUGUUGUCUACCGUGACCUGAAGCCGGAAAACUGUCUCUUGGAUGCAGAUGGCCACCUUCUCCUAACUGAUUUCGGGCUUAGCAAAGUAGCCGUUGAUGGCCAGGACCGAUGCAACUCAUCGCUGGGCACUGUCGAGUAUAUGGCUCCUGAAGUCGUCCAAGGUAAGCCGUACGGAAAAGCCUGCGAUUGGUGGUCACUAGGAGCCUUGGGCUUCGACCUCCUUACGGGCUCUCCGCCCUUCAAAGCUAAUAACCACGCCAAGAUCCAAGAAAAGAUCGUAAAACAGAAACUUGUGUUGCCAUAUUUCCUGGGUCCGGAUGCAAAGGAUCUCCUCACUCGUCUCCUUCGCAAGGAACCCCAUAAGCGCCUCGGUUACCACAUGCCCAAGGACAUCCAAACGAUCAAGAAGCACCGUUUCUUUCGCAAGAUUGACUGGAAAUCUCUAGAGAGACGCGAGCUCGAACCACCCAUUAAACCCCUCAUCACGGACCCGGCGUUGGCGGAGAAUUUCUCGUCGGCUUUCACCAGCUUGCCGCUUAGUCCUGUUGUGACGAAAAAUGGGUUCCCUGAUGCUUGUGAUGAUGGACAUAUGGCUUCUGGUGGUAACGCUUCUUCUCGGGAUAUUCAGCAACCUGGGAAGACGACUGUGGAUGAUCCGUUUCGUGGGUUUAGCUUUGUGGCGUCAAGUAGCUUGCUGGAUAGCGGGUUGGGUUUUGUCAGGUAG